AUGCAUGAUUUGGAUUUUCGUGACCCUUCCUUUACUUGGCACAGAGGGGAGAUUUUUGAGAGAUUAGACAUAGCUAUUGGAAACAGAGCUUGGCUUAACGAAUUUCCUAGAACAAUAGUUACUCAUCUCCCAACUCUUAAAUCUGAUCACAAACCACUUCUUCUUUCAAUAAGACCAGAGCUUAGAAUUUCCAAGGAGCGUCCAUUUAGAUUCCUAACUAGAUGGUUGGAGCAUCCAAGGUGUUAUGAAACAGUGCUCAAACGCAGAAGUUCAAGCCUGCAAAGCGUAUUCGUUAGGGAUGUUCACUUUCCCCUUACCUUUUUGUUCUCUUCUAUGAUGAUUCCUAAAGGUUUGUAUGGUGAGAUUGAACGUAUUGUCAAGCAGUUCAUUUGGGGUUCAUCUGAAGGACAUUUAAGAGACCAGAAUAUUUCAUUCAUGAUGAAGAUAGGAUACAACUUAGUCUCCAAAAAGGAUGAUUUAUGGGUUCGAGUUAUUAGGUCCAAAUAUGGUAUGAAAAAGGCUUUACUUGAUAGGAUUUGGCGAGGAAAUUGUUCCACUCUUUGGAGAGUUGUCUCAAAGAAGCUGUUGACUACCACGGAGCAUGUUAAGAGAGGGAUAGGGUAUGAUAGCUCUUGUGAUAUAUGUGGUAACCAUUCUAAAGAUAUUUUGCAUGUUACUAGAGACUGUCUGGUAGCUAAAGAAAUCUGGAUGCUAGCUCUUCCAAAUGGAAUUAUUGGGUGCUUCUUUGUUGGAGACCUUAUCCAGUGGUUAAAGGGGGUUCAUGAAAGACAGUAUGCAGUUGUUACUGGGGCAAACAAGGUUGUUGGACUUGAAAUAUGUAAGCAAUUAGCUCAAGAUGGGAUCAUGGUGGUGUUAACCGCUAGAGAUGAGAAAAGAGGUCUUGAAGCUCUUGAAAGUCUAAAAUACUCUGUACUCUCGGAUUAUCUAAUUUUUCACCAGUUCGAUGUAGCAGACCUUGAAAGCAUUGUUUCUCUGACAGAUUUUGUGAAGAAACAAUUUGGGAAGCUGGAUUUCUUGGUUAACAAUGUUGGGAUAUUAGGAAUAGAAAAUCAGAAAGAAAACCAUUUGUAUGACUAUAUAGAGUUAAUAACUUAUGCAGAGAAAGAAGAUGAAGAACGGAAGGAAGGGAGAAGGACUUUUACCUGGACAUACGAGUUAGCCGAAGAAUGCCUAAAAAUGAACUACUAUGGCGCUAAAAGAACUGCCGAAGCACUUAAUCCAUUGCUGCAACUAUCCGACUUACCAAGGAUCGUAACCGUUUCCUCCUCAAAAGGUAAAGGUGAAAAGCUUAAAGGAGUGUUAACAGGUGUUACAACAGACGAGAAACUGAAUGACUUAAUAACCGAGUAUCUAAAAGAUUUUAAGGAGGGCUUACAUGGAAGUAAAGGAUGGCCAACCUUUAUCUCUGCCUAUACUGUCUCAAAAGUAGCACUUAAUGCCUACACUAGGAUUUUGGCAAACAAGUACCCAGAUUUCUGCAUCAACUCUGUUUGCCCUGGAUAUGCCAAAACUGAUAUAAACCUCAACACUGGUACAAUAACUGCUGAAGAAGGUGCUGUGACUCCUGUUAAGUUGGCAUUGUUGCCUAAAGGUGGCCCUUCUGGCCUCUUUUUUGUGAACGGUGAGCCUGCAACUCCGAAACCUUGAUGAUCGACACCAGGACGACGGUAAAAUGAAAAUGGACAACAAAUCUGGUUGCGAAAUGCAAAUUCGUUCUGUAAAUUCCCACUUUAUGUGUGGUUUAAUUAGUUACUUGUUCACGUUAUAUCUGAAAUUUUCUGUUAUAAGUUGCAAUAUAUGGCAAUUUUAGUUUUAGUUUAUCCAUCAAAAUACUUAGUUUUACCACAAAGAUGGUUGCUUUUAAUGGGAGUUGAUUUUUCAUGAAGAACUUUCUGCCUCGAAACUGACAUUGUUG